AUGUCGAUCGAGGUCUUUGACACCUACUUCAAGGAGGGCCGAAAGAUUGUGACGGUGAAGGACGUGGAGCCGGAGAAGUUCAUCAGCGCCUUCUCUCAGCAUUUGAAGCGUCAAGGCCGUUUCGAGCUGCCCAAGUGGGCGGAUGUCGUGAAGACCAGCAAAGCUCGGGAGUUGCCUCCCUCGGAUCCUGACUGGUUGUACGUGCGUACCGCCUCCAUGGUGCGAAAGAUCUACAUCCGCAAAGGCAUGGGCGUGGGUGCCUUCAAGAAGGUCUACGGCAGCCAGCAACGUCGAGGAACCUGCACCAACGUCUUCGUGCGGAGCCCUUAA